AUGAAUUGUUACCUCGCACAAUCACACCAUUUUCAAAAUCGUUUUGCUUACUAUUUUAGUGGACCUCUUGGGAACUUGCCUGUUUCCAACCUCUCCGGUUUGGCCGAGGUGCCGAGCACGACAUCUUCCACGUCCGGCAGCCAAGAUGACUCCGGGAGGGUAAAUUUCUCCGUUGCCUCGGCCAAGUCAUCAACAAUGGGCACAAACUAUUCCCCCUCCGAUUCAACUUCGAUCCACUCAGGCACGCAAGGAGCACUUGAAAGUGUUACUCCCACUGGCAGCUCAGGCGGGUCUCCGGUGUCACAAACCGGCGCAAAGUCUGGCGCGGGUGGGAGCAACGAUGAUCAGUCGAAACCUCGCAGUCUUCGUUUCACUUGGUCUAUGAAAACCACUAGUCACAUGCCGCCCAAUGAUAUGAUCCGAGAAAUUAAAAAAGUUCUCACUCUCAACGACUGUGAGUACGAGCAACACGAGCGCUUUCUGCUCAUCUGUAAGCACGGUGACCUGAACACCGAUUCCUGUGUCCAGUGGGAAAUGGAGGUGUGCAAGCUUCCACGGCUCUCCCUCAACGGAAUUCGUUUUAAACGAAUCUCUGGGACAGCUGUGGCCUACAAAAAUAUCGCCUCUAAAAUUGCCAAUGACCUGCAUAUUUGA